GAGACGUGAUUCAAUGCAAAUGUAAAUCGACAUGUCACGCGGCAAGAUUAAACUCAGCAUCGACUUAGUGGAAGCGGCCUUUGCCCACCGCCAAUUCUUACAGCUUGUUGAUGAUCAUCCAAGUCUAUAUGCUGGUCCACACGUUCAAAACGCAAUCAGAAGGUAGGUUUGGUUCAACUGUACUGUUGAUCAAUCAUUUCAAAUAUUUAGGAGUAUGGCCUGUGGGAUCGAAAUAGAAAGCCACACUGUUUCACUUUCAACUGUUCAAAUAUGUUUGCAGACACGUCACGAAAACAGUUUUAACGAACAAUCAGGGGCACAAUUUUAAAUGCAGAAAGUUUCAUUUAUUUUCAACGUCCCGAGUAUAAUCGAUGGAUUUUUAUCAUUGCUUUCACCAAAGUAUAUAUCGUAAAAAGUUCGGUUAAUUAAAGUUCGGCCCGAGAAUAAGUCUGUUAUGCGGGUAUCAGCGGCCAUCCCGAGGGGUCGACCCCCGGGCAACCCAAGGGCAACCCACGGGCUUAGCAGGGGAUUUGUAGCAAAGGCAUGCCCCGCACGCGGGGCAUUAGAGCGCUUUUGCGUUUUUGGCAAAAUACCCCGGGGCCAUACCCACGGGAUCUGCUGUUAUUUUUGCUUUCCUACAAGGCCCAAUGAGCGUAAGAAGUAGGAGGUUUUCUGUAAGCGAGCGGAUAAAAAAUUCAAGACACUCGGCGAUCCAAGAAUCUGUUCAUUGCAUUUUAAGGAAAGCGACAUCGAGAUUUCAAUUUCAUACGGUUAGUUCGCAUUCGAAGCGUCUUGCCGAUAGGAAGAGACAGUGUGAUGAACAACCGCAAGCCAAGAAAGUUUGCCUCAGAAAGCUCGAAUUUGAGGACUCCAUAGAGACUUGUGUGGAUUUUAGUGCUGAUAUGGCUUCAGUAAACCAUGAUCACUCGUACUUUUGCAUCGAGGAACAGGUAACACCGACUAUAUGUUGCCCAGGUUGCUCCAGGGGUGGGGGUAUUUGUCCCAAUUUUUUGCCCUACCCGAGGGGCUUUAGCAUGUAUUUGUCACAGCAGCUGUGACAAAUGCCCCUGGGUGCCCGGGGGUGGACCCCUCGGGAUGGCCGCUGAUACCCGCAUUACAUGUAGAGUGCGACUUUUAAAGCGGCCGGUCAGAGUUAUUUAGUUUCUGUCAGAUGUGGGGAUUGAUUUAGUGAGGUUCCCACUCUCACUUUUCACUUCUGAAUAUUACGCACUGAACUAAGUGAAGAGGCUGAAAAAUGAGAGGGUAGAAAGUUAAAGUGUAGGCUCACUAAAUAGCGAGAGACAAAACGAGAAUAAUAAAAUCAACGAGUUCAACGUAUCAAGAAAUGGUCUGUUGUUCCGGCUCAACUUCUCACAUUAAGUAUUAAACAAUAGUCCUUUUGCUCUUUGUAGCACUGAGGGACUUCGGCCGAAGCGGCGCGAAAAGGUUCGUGAGUAAUCGGAAAAAAAAUUUUCGGUGUAUUUUUAACCUCUCUCAGCGUACUUUUUUUUAUCGGACAGUCUUUAAUCAUGCUUGUGAUAAACAAAUCGGACUUCGACUGCGCGGUCGUCCGAUUUUGUUAUCACUCGUAUGAUUACAGACCGAAGUGGACUCCACCAGUCCUAUUACCAUUAUUUAUUAUUAUUAUUGUCCUGAAAUGUUACGGUAUCGGGCACCCAUAGUAUCCUCCUAGCCAUGGAGUGUAUUCAGUCCUAACGGUCAGAUUACAAGAAAGCCUUUGACUUAACUUUAAACUGAUUUUAACCAUUUUUAACUUUUUUCCCUUUCUUUUUCAGGUAUGAACUUUUCUGGCUGCCUUUGCUCGCUCAUUUUACGACCUCAGAAAUUGCGGCACCACUCGACAUCGCGUGGGUUUGGCACGUGCACAUGCUGUCACCCGUCAAUUAUGAAAGGGACUGCAACGAAAUUGCCUCUACUCUGCUAGAUCACAAGAUCCUAGUUGGAGAACAGCGUCAUAAAGGGCUUAUUAAGGCCAAAGCUCUGUGGGAGAAGUUGUAUCCUAGCGAGCCUUUUGAAGUUGACCUGAUGGCCCCUGUUAACAAUGCGCCAGAUUUCAAGUCAAGACUUGAGUAUGACAUCGCAGCUGCUUGUACUCGACAGAGAGUAUUUUAUUAUCAGGUGUCCUUACCUCACUUUGAAGAUAAGAAAUUCUUGACUAAAGCAAUGGAGAGAUAUACAUGGCAUCUCAUGCUCAAGAGAGAUAACCCAGAAAUGUUUCUUGUGCCUUGCUACGACUUUGACCUCAUUUGGCAUGCGCAUCAGGUAAAUCCACUGCUAUACAAAAAAGACACCACGGAGAUACUGGGUAAAGUACUCAAACAUGAUGAUUCAGUGAACGACCGUCAGCCUGGCUCAAAGCUCAACAUGUCUGAAGAAACAACCCGCGAAAAAUGGAAAAACCUGGGCCAAGAAUUUGCAGUGAACGGAGCCAUGUUCCGUGGAGAGCCUCCUCUUGGAACUAACACACUGGCAGGGCCCAUUGACUACACUUGGCUGGCAGCACUCGAGUACACUGUAGAUUUGACCAAAUUGGAAGUUGAAGGUCUCCCUAAACCGAAAGCGUACACUAUUAAAAUCGAUGUCAUGAAUGGUGAGCGGGUCCUUAAGAGACAGAUUCGAGGGCCAAAUGCCACACUUUCCGAAUCCAGCAAUGCCUUAUCAACGUUUACGUUUAAAACGAAGAAUAGCAGUAAUCUGAAGGUAAGAGUUUUAAUGCUUUAAUAAUUUAUCUUCUAUGAUUCAGAGUUAUUUAUCAGUUGUCUCCUUCUCGUCUGAUUUAUUAUGGUAAUUACACUGAGUGCAAUUUGGUCUGAAAUCAUCAACGUGAUUUGAAAUCAAAAGUAUGAUUUCAAGCCAAAAUUGCACGACACGAAAUUCGAUUACACUUUAUUACACCUAUUUUGAAAUCGGAAAACUCGUUCGCUUAAUGCAGUUUUUAGUUUGUAAAAAUAUUUUAUUGAGCUGGUUUGUAAAAAGAUGCAAAAGUUGUCUCUCAUUUCCCUGCAAUUUGAAUGAUUUCUUUAAACAAGUUUGAAAUUGAUUGGUUGUUGUGUUUUGGUAAAGGUGUCUCAUUGGCUGGGACAAAGAUGCGAUUAAGAGCAUAAAAUGGUAAAAUAAAUCGCGCCGGUGAGAGCCAAUCGGAUUGCAAGGAUCACAUGUGAUUUCACGCGCAACAAUAAAGUGGCUGAGACAUGAACACCAAGCCCAGUGUGAUGAAAUCUUGUUUAGUUGAAUCAGUUUCGGGUAGUUAAGUAACGGUGGUAGGUGAAAAGGGUGAUGAUGAUCAGGGAGACCACUGGUUGGCGGAAUCGUCAAUUGUACACCACUGGGAUUUUGUGCAUUGAAGGGCAAUCGUUAAAUGAUAUGUCAUAGGACCAAAAUUAAGUGUUAUUCAUCUUAAGAUGCCAUGUAUUGCUGCAAGGCAGCAAUACAUCUUAAUAAGUCGCUACCGGCAAAAGAAACAUUAUUUGGUUCAAAACCAUCAUUAACUUUGUAUUUAUUUUAUCAGGUUCGCAUUUAUCAACCAAGAACAUGCUCUUGCUUUACACAUUCACUUGAUGAGUCUGACCAGUACCUGUUUGUAAACCAUCUGGUUGGCAAAGUUCCUUACCAAAGCACCGCCAAGCCUGAGCCAGAAACGCACAACUUAACUGUGGCUGAGAACUUCAAUGUUCGGUUUACUACUGUAAUUCAUCCCCCCAAACUAGAUGGAUACUAUUUUACCGUGAGACCAGAGAGAAAUUUCAGCCCAGUCCAACAUCCCGGUCAGAUAUUAAGCUCGCCGACGCUCUUCCUUUCGCCAGCUUCUUUAGCUUCCCCAUCGGCACCUUGCGAAAUGUCGCUCCAUCGGGUACUUGACAGUGGGCUUCGACAGGCGUUUACCUGCCGAGUGGUGCACUCAGCUUUGUUGGUGUUCUCUUCCGUGGAGGUUAUCAACCAAUCUGGUUGCGUUGUUAGUACGGCUCACUUACUACGGGGGAGCAUACUUCCUACGAAAGAACAGGUGAGCAAGCCACAAAAAUGUUGCACUUUGGAUGAGAAAGCAGGAGAAAGAGCAAUGCUUAUUAGAGGAAGCAAAGACUGGGGAGUCUGCAUCGGAAAAUGGGAAGGGUUUGUCAAGGGUGUCCCUGGCGUGCCUGGAAUAAAAGGGCAGCCAAAUAAACCAGGUGUAAAAGGAAAACCUGGCGUGAGAGGCCAACCUGGACAUUUGUCCAUCAAAUUCUUCUCACUGUCUGGAACUAAAGAGUGGAAAGAGGUAGAAAAGCAAGGAGAUCAGUUCUGGGUAAGUCUUAGCAAAAAGACGAAGCUCAGCAUCGAUUUGCGCACAGGCUUGAUUUCGUUUACUUCUGAAGUACAUCACGUGCCAGAGGUAAUUGCACUCGGAUUUUCAAUUGCCAUUCUUCAUCUUUUAUGCCAGCGUUACACUCCAGUCGGAAGUACAGAUUAUUCAAAACCAUCAGUUUGUGCAUCAGGACAGGCCGACAAACCAGGCAGAAUUCAUAAUGAAGACCUUGCAUUAAUAGUGGCAGCCGGGUACUAUGCCAACAGUGUACCAACUAACUCAUACCUAAAGUAUGCGAUAGGAGGAGGUGCCUGCGGUGGAUGUGGUGGAUGCGGUGGCUGUGGUGGCUGCGGUGGAUGUGGUGGUUGCGGUGGAUGUGGUAGCUGUGGAGGAUGCGGUGGUAGCUGUGGAGGAUGCGGUGGUUGCGGUGGUUGCGGCGGUGGCUGCGGAGGAUAAUUGACUGAGAUGAUGCUAUAAAUAUUCAUUGUAACAAAACAUUGAUGAUCUGAGACAUUUAAGUCAUUUAAAUAAUCUGACUACAUUUUAUUUCCGCAAUUACAAGAUAGAAACCUUGCAGAAAACACGCAGAGUAUAGGCAAGAUCACUUGUAACUUAAAGACACUAGUAAGAAACGGCAGAAGUUUGUGUAAUCAAAAACCUUUUCGAUUUCAAAGGUCUCGUAUGGAUUUAUCACGAACAGUUUCUAACUUCCUUGCUGUGUCAUAAAAUACUAAUUCCGAUUAACCCCGAACCGUAAGGUUCGGCUUGUUUUCCCAGUAAGUACGCUCUUUCAGCAUGUCACAG